AUGCCGCCAUCAGACUCGCAGCCUCGCAGGCCGUCGGCGCACGUAGCAGCAUUGUUUAUGGUCAAGGAAUGGGAGAGCAGCGACACCAUCGACAACGUCAAGGCCAAGAUCCAGGACAAGGAGGGCAUCCCGCCGGACCAACAGCGACUCAUCUUCGCCGGGAAGCAGCUCGAGGACGGCCGCACCCUCGCCGACUACAACAUCCAGAAGGAGUCGACGCUGCACCUGGUGCUGCGCCUCCGCGGCGGGUACCCCAAGGGGAUCGAGCCCAGCCUCCGCGAGCUCGCGCAGAAGUACAACGAGAGGAAGAUGGUCUGCCGAAAGUAA